GGGAACGGCGCGGCGGUGAGGCUGACUGACAUCCCGCCAUGUCCCGCUUCUUCCAGGCUCUCCGUCGCUCCGGCAGCGCCCGGGCCGGCGGUGCCGGUGUGCAGGAGGCGGACGUGCAGCGGUGGGGGCUGACAGGCAUAAAGCUUCGUCCCUAUCAAUUAGAAGGUGUAAACUGGCUGGUGCAAUGUUAUGAAGUUCAGCAUGGCUGUAUCCUGAGUGAUGAGAUGGGUCUCGGGAAGACUUGUCAGACCAUUUCUCUACUUCUUUAUUUGACACAAAAAUUAUCCAACAAAGAGAGAUUUCUGAUACUUUGUCCUCUGUCAGUUCUGAGCAAUUGGAAGGAGGAACUGGAGAGGUUUGCUCCAGGUCUUUCUUUCAUMACAUACAUAGGCAGCAAGGAAGAGCGACCCAAACUGCAGGAGAACCUGAAAGAGGGCUCUCAUUUCCAUGCACUCCUGACAACAUAUGAGAUUUGCCUGAAAGAUGCAGCAUUUCUAAAGUCCUUUAACUGGGCUGCCUUGGUUGUAGAUGAAGCUCACAGACUGAAAAAUCAAAAUUCUCUGCUUUACAAGACACUUUCUGAGUUCUCAGUAGGCUUCAGCCUGUUACUCACGGGCACUCCAGUCCAGAACAGCCUCCAGGAGCUGUACUCCUUACUCAGUUUUAUUGAGCCUGACAUCUUUCCUAGGGAACAAGUGAAAGAGUUUGUUGAGUAUUACCAAGUUAUUGAAAAGGAGAGUGAGCCAGCCAAAGAAUUGCACAGUCUCCUGCAGCCGUUUCUGCUUCGGAGAGUCAAAUCUGAGGUGGCUGCAGAGCUGCCAAAGAAGGUGGAAGUGGUUCUGUACCAUGGAAUGUCAGCUCUGCAGAAGAAGUACUACAAAGCCAUUUUGACAAAAGAUUUAGAUGCAUUUGAAAAUGAAACAGGAAGAAAGGUUACACUCCAGAAUGUCUUAAUUCAGCUUCGAAAGUGUGUUGCCCACCCGUACCUCUUUAAUGGAGUUGAACCAGAACCCUUUGAGAUUGGAGAGCAUAUUGUUGAAGCCAGUGGCAAGAUGUGCUUGUUGGAUAAACUCCUUUCGUUCUUGUAUCAUGGUGGCCACCGUGUGUUGCUYUUUUCUCAGAUGACUCAACUGCUUGAUAUCCUGCAGGACUACAUGGACUAUCGAGGCUACAGCUACGAGCGGCUGGACGGCUCUGUGAGAGGGGAGGAGAGACACCUUGCCAUCAAGAACUUUGGUCAGCAGCCCAUCUUUAUCUUCCUGUUGAGCACCAGAGCAGGUGGAGUUGGCAUGAAUCUCACAGCAGCAGAUACAGUUAUUUUCACUGACAGUGAUUUUAACCCACAAAAUGACUUGCAAGCAAUAGCAAGAGCUCACCGGAUUGGGCAGCACAGGCCUGUAAAAAUUAUCCGCUUGAUUGGGCGAGAUACAAUAGAAGAAAUAAUCUAUCGAAGAGCUGCCUCUAAGCUCAGGCUGACCAAUGCCAUUGUAGAAGGAGGUCAGUUUGCUUUGGGAGCACCCAAGCCUCAGGGAGCAGCAGAGUUUCAGCUGAGUGAAAUCUUGAAAUUUGGCCUGGAUAAAUUGCUCUCCUCUGAGGGGAGUACUGUACAGGAUGUGGAGCUAGAAAACAUCCUUGGUGAGACAAAAGGAGGACAGUGGAUAAUGGACCUUGUGCUGCCACAGGAAGAAGAGAAUGAAGAGGAGGAUACAGAGAAUCACAUGUACGUGUAUGAAGGCAAAGAUUAUUCCAAAGAACCCAGCAGAGAAGACAAAAAAGCAUUUGAUCAGCUUUUGGAUCUUCAGAAGGCAUUGAUUGAAGAGACCAGUAAGGAAGGGAGAGCUCUCCGGAACAAAGCAAAUGCCCUUCUCACAGGCCUUCGGGAACAAUCRGCCAGGAGGAAGCACUUGCUGAGUGAAGAGGAGCUGGAGGCCAGGAGGAAGAAGCGCCAAGAAGCAGCAGCAAAGAGAGCAAGGCUCAUGGAGGAAAAGAAGGCAGCAAAAGCAGAGGCAGAACACAAGAAAAAGAUGGCCUGGUGGAAGGCCAAUSAUUACGAAUCUACCUGCCUUCCUUCAGAGGAAAGUGGCUCUGAGGAAGAGUUUGAGGAGGAUGAGUUGGGRCAGAAUGUGGAUUUAGAUUACAAAGAUGCAGACCAGAACUAUAUCAAGUACGUCAUGGGAGAUGUAACCCACCCCCAAGCAGAAGAGGAAGAUGCCAUCAUUGUCCAUUGCCUAGACGACUCCGGCCGCUGGGGAAGGGGUGGUUUAUUCACUGCUCUAGAAGCUCGUUCUGAUCAGCCAAGGAAAAUAUAUGAGAUGGCAGGAAAGAUGAAAGACCUGGAGUUAGGAGGAACCCUGCUAUUCCCUAUUGAUGAUAAAAAAUCAAGGAAAAAAGGACAAGAUUUGUUGGCCUUGAUUGUAGCUCAGCACCGGGAUCGGUCCAACAACUUGUCUGGCAUUAAGCUGUCAGCUUUGGAAAAGGGCCUGAAGAAGAUUUAUUUAGCAGCCAAGAAAAGGAAUGCCACAGUGCAUCUUCCACGGAUUGGGUAUGCAACAAAAGGGUUCAACUGGUACGGCACCGAGCGGCUCAUCCGAAAGCACCUGGCAGCACGGGGUGUCCCCACUCUUAUAUAUUACUUCUCUAGGAACAAAGGUUCUUCCUCUGCUUCACAGCUGUAUUCAUCUUCAACAACAGUCUCAAAGCCAUGAAGAUGCAGUAAUUUCACUAAGAACAUGCAGAAAAAAAGUGACCAUCACACAGGCAGUCCAUGGGCAUUGAAAUCAGAAACAUGGCUUGUGCAGCCAUUAUUCAMACCUGUACCUCUCUGCUGUGACUGGCCCUAACAUUUGCAUGUUGUGAGUUGCUCCAGAGUGGAAUGAGACUCCAUCUGGCUUCAGAGUCCAAAGAGGAAGGAUGUUGGCUCARUCCCAGAUCUGUUUCAGAGAUGGAAAAUUAAACUUUUAACUGAU